AUGGACGGAUUGUUCUCGCGCUUCACCUCUGCCCCCGUGGCGUCCAAACCACCGCCACUCUUCUUUAACGCGUUUCUCCGAUCGGUCAAAGUUGUUCUCCCAGACGGCAUGUUAGCAUCAUCAUCCGUUGCGGCGAGUGUUUUUUCAUCGUUUUUGUUCGCGAUGAUGAUUUUCGUCUUCAUUUUCUGGCCGAAAUCGGCGAAACGUUUACCGAGAAAGUUUCUCGUCCCGGCGUCUGCGAGUAACGAGACAGAGAGAAAAUGGCGUCCAAAACCUCGGUUCGUGAAACCGAAAAAGUUUUCGAAAGAAUCGAAAGAGUUUGGCGAGGAAUACGCGGGCGAUUUCUCCUCGGAUUCAGACGACGAGGAAGGCGAUGAGAAACGAAUCGUCGUUGGCCCGAAAGAGAUCCCGGCGGUGGUGAAGGAGAUGAAGGAGAAAGUGAAACGAAACGCGAACGUUCCGAUUGAGAAAAGAAUCGAACAGUUGACGCAGUUGAAACGACUGGUGAAAGAAAACGAGGAAGCGAUAUGCGACGCGUUGUAUUACGAUAUGGGUAGGCCUCGAUUGGAAGCGUUCAUCUACGACGUGUUUAUACCGUUGCGUUCGAUCGAGCAGAGUUUGAAACAUUGUCGCAGGUGGAAUCCAAAGUACAAAAAAGCGAACGAGCAUUCGUUAGCACAGAUAAGUCAACCGAGCACGCAGUGGUUAGAGCCGCAGCCGUUUGGGUUGGCGCUGGUGAUAGCGCCUUGGAAUUUCCCGUUUUUGUUGGCGUUGGGACCGGUGGUGUCGGCGAUUACGGCCGGGUGUUCCGUCGUCGUGAGACCAAGUAACGACGCGAAGUAUAGCGCAAAGUUGUUGCACGAUUUGAUCGCGCAGUAUAUGGACCCAGACGUGUGCAGGGUUGUCGGUGCAGGCCAUCCCGGGGAUGGAAUCGAUACCAUGAACGCAGUUCUCGACCAAAAAGAGUUCGACGUGGUUUUCUUCACCGGGUCGAGUAGAGUUGGACGAAUUGUCGCGAAGAAAUGUGCGGAGCAUUUGACACCGUGCGUGUUAGAACUGGGUGGGAAGAAUCCGGUGAUUGUGAGUGAGGAUUGUGGAAACGUGGAUUUAGCCGCGAAACAGUGCGUCUGGGGGAGAAUGUUGAAUUGUGGACAGCAGUGUGUUUCGCCGGAUUACGUGUUGGUACACGAAUCCAUCGAGAAGGAAUUUACGGAGAAGUGCGAAAAGUGGGUGAAGACUUUCUUUCCGAGGUAUGACGUUCCAGAAGCCAUGGGAAGACUCGGUGGUCCGGAAGCGCGAAUCGCGAUGAUGGCUAAGGAAGCCGAGGAGAUGAAGAAUUCGAAAGCGGAGAAUAUUAUAUGUGGCGGCAAAGUGAUAGAGGUGUUGAAAAUGGCCGAACCGACGAUAGUGAAAGUUUUAGACGCGGACAAGGCGGUGUGCAUGCGCAAAGAAGCGUUCGCGCCAAUCUUGUCGAUUUUAGCUGUGAAGUCUACGGAAGAAGCGAUCGAGUUCAUCAACGACAAGUAUCCGAACCCGUUGAGUUUGUAUAUCUUUUCCAAAUCUGCGAAAACGCAAAGGUUGAUUUUAGACAACACGAAAUCCGGCGGCGUAUGCAUCAACUCGGUGAUUUACCAAGCCGGUCACGAAGGCUUACCGUUUGGUGGCGUCGGGGAAAGCGGUUAUGGAAGUCACCACGGGUUAGCCGGCGUGGAAUCUUUUCGACGAUGGAAACCAGUGUUACAGAAAACGAGAUGGUUGAGCUGGUUCGAUUUCGGUCUAGUUUCGGACUCUAACAUCGUGUAUCCGCCUUACGGCAUGAAGUUGCACUUGGUGAAAUCAUUAUUGAGAUUGGCUCGUCUGUUUUGA